CCUAUCAACUAACAGGUUGUGUCACUUUGAGCUAUAAAAUUCUUAGUAAUUUCAGAGACACUCUUUUUUUUAACACUUUCUUUUUAAUAAAUUCCAUUUUUAGUUUCGAAUUCCGGGAAAUUCUUUCUUCUUCUUCGUCUCGAAAAGUCAUCAUAUUAAAAAGGCUGAGGGCCACACGCAUAUUAUGAUUGGUUUGCUUCUGUAGCAUAGGAGAAGACGAAGACGAAGAGACAGAGGAGGGGGGCAAAUGGCGGCAAUUUCAAUUUGUGGUUGCUAUGCGAACCCUUAUCAUUCAGAAUCACAAACAGUUUCAGUUAGCAUCGCGGUAUAUAGACAGAGAGUUCAUAGAUUCCGAUGCUGCUCCAAUUUCAAGCCCCAUCCAUCCAUUAACAGUGAGAAAGGAGCAACGCCGCUUUUGAAAAUCGCAGUCAGCGCCGUCACUGAGCUCCUCAGAUUCUUCUCCUCCUCCGGGAAGGACCGAUUGAGCACAGUAAAUAAUGAGCUGAGAAAUGAAGCUUCAGUCUCAAGCAUUGAUGAUGUUGUGAUGAUCCUCGAGUCAGAUUACAAGAAUGCAUAUUUUGUUACAGGUGUUUUCACUUGUUCAAUCUAUUCUGAAGAUUGUUUGUUUGAAGAUCCAACUAUUCAAUUUCGAGGUACAGAAUUAUAUUCACGCAACUUGAAAUUGCUUGUACCUUUCUUUGACUGUCCGUCCAUAUCACUUCAAAAGAUUGAGGAGGGUGUCAGUUCUGAAGGAAAUUUUGUAUUGGCAUCCUGGAAAUUGAGGACCCAUCUGAGACUUCCAUGGAGGCCACUCAUCUCAAUUCACGGGAGUACAGUCUAUGAUUUAGAUGACAAAUUCAAAAUUAUUAGGCAUUCUGAGAGUUGGGACGUAUCUGCCAUUGAAGCAAUUGCCCAGAUAUUUACACCCAGUUCUUAAUGUCUUUGCCUGUAAAUGUCUUCUUAGAAGAGGUCGUACUUUUACCAUUACCAACUGCAAGCAUUAACCGCUGGUUUAAAUGUUAAGGCAACCCCAGUCUCAAGUCUGGCGCAGACUCUUGAAGAUCCUCUAUUAUACAAUUUAUUUUGUAAGUAGUUGGCGAGCAACCAUACUCUCUAUUUAUUGACUUCUAGACUGCUUUGUAUGUCAUAAAUUUAUGCAAGCCCAGCAAUAGUAUAUUUGUAUUGUUUCUUGAGAAAACACAAGAAUAACUAUUUAAUGGGACUUUUAAUCAUUCAUUUAAUCACAAUACUAAUCAUUACCAAUCAACCAUGUACGUGAUUGAACUUUAAUUUCAAUUGGUAUAUGAUCUCUUCUGUACUGAUUAACGUGAUGCAAAGGUUAUGACUAGCUUUCUGGGUUGUGGCCUCUAAUGUCAUGUAUAGCCUUUGAAGAAAAAUGGAGUAAUAAUGUCCAUCUGAUACGGGAAGCUCAAGAAUUAUACGGGAAGUGAAAUGAGAGGUUUACUUUAAUUCGAUUGACGAUCUCUUCGUGUUCUUUUCUUCUUCUUCAGUAAUCAAAUCAGGCGUGUUCGCAGGCCAAGCCGUGCAGCACCGCCUUCAUGAGUAAGCUAUCCGGCUGGAGAAUGACGAGAACCGGCGAGUGGCCCAUCCCGCGAGCCUUGGCCAGCAUGAUCUCCCUCAUCAGCGACCGGAACUCGACCCCAUCGAUGGCUCCCUUCUGCUUCGCGUCGAACUUGUCGAACAGAGUAUCGUACAGCUUGCGGAUCUCCUCCUUGGACUGCAACUCGAACUCGCCGGAUCCCAGCGAGCCGCUACGCUCCUCCAGAUCCAGCCGCGACAGCUCUCCCUUGCCGUCGGCGAGCCUGGCGAAGUGCUCCUCCACGCAUUUCUCGAACACCUCGCCGUCCUCCACGAAAUCCACCACCGUCGCGCCCUCCAAGCACGCCACACUCAUGAUUUUUAUGACUAAUUUCUUGUAAUACGCAUCCGCAUCCGCCGCCGCCGCCGGCUGCUAA